AAAAUGAUGUGGAGAACUUCACCACAGCAUGUUUUUUACAUCAGGCUUGCAGUAGCAGGGUGUGUUCUGCUUUUUAUUUGCUGAACAAUUGGCUGCUCGGAGUCACAAGUCCUGGGAAGCUGACAGCAGAAGGCAAGAGCACAGAUCAUGGACCAAAAAGUGAGCAUUCUGCUGGUGUUAUUGGCUGUUGCCACGGUAACCGUGACGGCUCAGAGGCGACGCACCCAGACGGCAGCGGCGGCGGCGAACACGGACGAGUGGAACUACCGGGAUGGCUCUGACAGGGUCAACAUGAGGGGCGUGGCCAACCUGACUGAAGUCCUGGACAACUGGAGGUUCGACAUGAUGAACCAGAUGAAAGGACUCCUGCAGAACGACCACCAGUCUCUGCUGCCCGACUACGCCAGGAUCCAGCCGCUGUCCGAGGCCUUGGACGACCUGUACAAGGAGUUCAACGCCCUCAAGGCCCACCUGGGAGACCUGACCGAGAAGUUCACCACCAUGGAGACCUUCAUGGAUGAGGUGAAGGCCAGCAGGACCGCCGGAACCGGCCAGAACCCGGCCUCGCCGCCAGCCACCAGACCGGCGGCGAGGCGGGUGGUGAAGAAGAAGACCACCACCACCACCUCCUAAGAAGGCGUACCAUAUUGUGCUUACUCUGCUUUUUUAAGAGAUCUUUGCUAAAGUCUGCGUGGGUUUAUGAUAAAAACGUCAGGAGAAGGGAAGCUAUCGAGUAAAAAGUGGCAUGGGAGUCUCUUGCAGCUCAUCCCUUCCGGAAACAUCUUAUCUUAGCAAAAGUCGACACACUUUGAGGGAUUUGAUUUGUUCCCACUUGCUGUUUGAGCUCAGCUGAACAUGCUGGACUUCAUCCAAGCGGGACUCUUUGGACCGGCCCGCUUCCGCUCUGCAUUUGUUUCCCGCUGCAUCGCACGCACGCGCCAAUCUACCAAUAAAAUCACUUUUU